CAGUGAGCUCAUUUACUCACAUUUAGUCAGUCAAGUGGCUUAAGGUGAAGAACAUCAAGAGACUGAAAAAUGAAGACUGUGGCCACUCUACUUGUUUUUGUCAGUUUGGCUAUUGUUGCUACUGAAGGGAAGCCCGGGAUUGGAAUCCAAAGAUGUUUAUGUCGUGGUGCCGGUCUCAAAAUGGUGAUGCCAAAGCUGAUAGAGAAAGUUGAAAUUCACCCUGUUAGCCCAACCUGUGCACAUUUGGAAGUUGUUGUGACGAUGAAGAAUGGUGUAGGACGAAGAUGCUUAAACCCAGAGUCAUUGUUUACCCAGAAUAUCAUUAAGAGGAUUACAAAAAAGAGCAUGACUGCUCAGUAAAAUGUGUGAAGUGGUUCAACUGUGAUUUCAAGCGUGAAGCUUGUGGCCACUGUGGACUCUGUCAUUAAAAAGCUUUACUGAUUCUUUCAUGUAUUACAAUACAGUAUUUUAUAUAUUAAAAUUAAACAAUAUAAAAAAAAUAAUUUAAUUAAAAAAAAGUUUUUAACUUUCUUCUAAUUUCAUCUG